AUUAUAUAAUAAACUAAUCUAACAGUGUCUCAUUUACAUCAAUUCAAAGUUUAGAAAUGAAUAGACACACGACAACAUUAGUCGUACUUUCACUACUUCUCGUGGUCUCCGAUCAUACAAGGCUAAUGAUUCGAGUUCACUCGUACGUACCGUUUUGUGCAUACACAUAUGAUUAUUUCUCUUAUUGUCUUGAAUUUCUCACGGGCAAUUAUUACAAACCCGGUAAGAAAUGUUGUGUCCAUAUCGCAAAACUUAACAUAAUUGCCAAGCACAAAAAAGAGAAUCCGAGACUUCUGUGUAAUUGUGUUGAGAUGAUGACGAGAGGUUAUACGCCUCCGAUGUUGGCUGAUAAGAUCCAAGAGCUUCCUCCUCUUUGCAACACACAUCUCAGCUUCCCUAUCUCCUCUAGCAUGGACUGUUCCACGUAA